CGAUAGUGCCGAUUAUAAGAAUAUUUCACGUUUUGGCAAAAUGAUAGUUAAAAAGAUAUAUUUAUAUUUGGUUAAAGCAUACUCAGUCGGAUGACACUAACAGAGGAACCUUGCUAUCAGGCCCCGCUCCACGACAGCGGUCCCGAGAAACCUCACAAGUGGGACAUCAAUGAUAGCACGCUGCCCAUGGUGUGUGAGGUGGACGAUUUCCAGGAAUGGCCGGACGGUAACAACCGCUUUGUAUACAGCAGUAACUGUGAGGACGGCCGCCGACACAUCAGCGGAUGGGCCAUGCGGAACACCAACAACCACAACGCCCAUAUACUCAAGAAGUCCUGUCUGGGAGUGUUCGUCUGUUCCUACGACUGUACCUUACCCAACGGAGAAAAAGUCCACCUACGACCCGCCAUUUGUGACAAAGCGAGGAGAAAGCAGAUAGGUAAGCAAUGUCCCGGACCAAACUGCCGUGGUCACCUGGAAUUGAUGACGUGUAAGGGACACUGUGGAUAUCCAGUGACACACUUCUGGCGACAUAUCAACAACGCCAUCUUCUUCCAAGCCAAAGGAGUUCAUGAUCAUCCCAGACCGGAAAUCAAGUCCUCAGCGGAAGCGAGGCGGCAUCACAAACUGAAACAUAAAUCACCCGUGACAGGAAUAACUCACAAAAAACGAAAACGAGAGAUGUUAUGGUCGUCAACGAAAGAACGUUCAGCGAAAGUUUAUCCCGGAUUUGAUAUACUUUGUUCCUGUCCGCCUUUUGAAUGCACGUGUUCCCACGUCCGAAUGCAAUAUAAGGAAACACAUGUUGACAACGAACGAGCGAACUUCCCCCUUUGUCCCUCCUCCUUCACCCCACAGAUCUACGAAGCUUCGCCCUCACCUUGGCAAAGACCAACCAUGGACAGCAAUUACAUCCAUAACGCUGUUCAUCGUCAACAUGCCUUGGAACCGACUUUUCCGGAAAACGACAAUCUACCCUCUUUAUCGUCUUUCAACUCUUCUUUCGCAAACACACCACGACACGCAGACACAUCGUAUCCACGAUUCGAAGUGUAUCGAGGAUCUGAUAGGGGAUUCCCUUACACGGACACGUCAGGUCAGCGAUUUCCCAACCCGGCUGAGCGCUACAGCCGGACUCCCAAAAGCUGUUACGAUACACGAGACUUCUAUAGUAGCUCCUGCCUGGAGAGACCUAAACCGUUUUCUGAUCCUCAUUCCAUUAAGAUAAAGACAGAAAAUUUCGAUUCCGAAUUUGGAAACAUUUCUUCACUUUCCAACCAGUGUGCGCUUACAAACCGCAUAGAGACUGACUCGAAUCGCUUACUUCGAGAAGACAACGGUCAAGAAUUUUCCCAACUUCAAGACAUUGAUUCGAACCCUCUCUACAACAUGAACGACGUCACGGAUUCGGACUUGAUUCAAACGUUUUUUUCUCGAAUGCCAUCGGAACAGUUUGACGAAUCGUCAUUCAUUCCGUCAUCUCUGACUCAAACAAACACAGGUCCUAAAUACAUAGAACUCAAGCCUCUAAAGAAAGCAAAAUCGGAAAUGCAUUCGCUUGCGAUAUCCACGUCACCACAACUGUUUCAGCAUCGAAAUGUUCAUGACGUCAGCAGUGAAGGGUAUUCGACGGGUCACAUUCGGUCUCAGCCUGGGUGUAGUAAUGUUGUCAAUGACCCCUAUUAUCAUAGCGAUUCUCAUCAAUAUCCUCCUAACAAGCAAUCGUGUAACCACAGCAUUAAUAUCACUCUGACUUACAAUUAAACUAACCAUCAUAUACAUAAACGCUGAAUUUCGUCCGACAACUGAUGAUGGCCUAUACUAUUAAUUAUUGAUAGAACAAGUUGUUAAGGAACAGUAUUCAACUUUAAUAUCGUGAAAACAAUAAAAAAACAAGUGAAAGUAUUCAAUGAAUAUUAAAUCAGUUGAAUAUUUGUUUGUGUUGUGUUUAUAUUUUAGAAACACGAGUCACCGUCGACCGCGGCGCUCUGUCACGUGAUCAUCAAGCGCUGAGUGACGUGUGAAGAGUACAAUAAUUAAUUGUAGAUUAGCAUGGUGACAUCAGCUUUGUUGAUUUUACGACAAGAUUGAUCAAUGACUGUUAAAUUAAUCCCCCUUGUAUCAAAAGGCCAUUAGUCUUUAUAUACAAUGAGAA